CCGGCGUAAGACAGAGCAUCUGCUGAUUAGUUAUAGCGAUCGGGUACGGCCCAAGGUAUGCAGCGUCAGGCGGCCUCUCUUUCUACAGCCUUCUGUCGGGUGUAGCGUUCCCGGGGCUUAGCAGUGUCCUUCAGCCAAGCACAGCCUCUUUCGCAGGCUCCCUUCUAUUCCUCUCUGCUCCACACUCGUGCUCCUAACAGUCUCCAUUACUAAACCCCUACUGACGACGACUGCUCGCUUGCUUGAUCGAAGGGCAAUACCGACAAACAGCAAGUUGGGUCACAUGGCGGCGGCGGAAUAUUAUAAUCCAGGCGGCGGCGGUGGCAUGCCGCAGUCGCAAGGCCACCCUACUCCAGUGCAGCGUCCACCGAUGCCUCAGGGCAGCAUGAGCUCGUUACCAUAUCCUGUCUCGGAUGCGCCACCUCCAUACACACUCUUUGCAGACCAAGGACGACCGCAAAGCCAUAGCCAACCGCCACCCAUGAACCGACCACCGCCGAGUAGUUAUGCCCCUCCACCUCUCAACGGGUAUCCACAAGACAAGCCGGACUAUAAGCCAAACUACCCACCGAACGGGCAGUAUCCGCCGCAGCCAAACAGUGUGCCGUACCCGCAGUCACAACCACCACCCCAGCAAGGCUACCCUUACCCCAACGGCAUGCCUCCGGCAAUGUCUACAGUGUACGGUAAUAAUUCCAACCAACGUCCAGGCUACCCGCCACCAAGUGUGUCGUUUCAAGACAACUACGACGACUACGACAAGCGCAGCCGCAGCAGAAGUCGGGACGGAAGGCGGCAUCAUCACCAUCACCGCCACGACCGACCGCAGCAGGAUCGGAAGAAGAGCGGCGGCACCGCAACAUUCUUGGGCGCUGGCGGCGGUGCGAUUAUUGGAGAUUUGAUAUUUCCUGGAUUAGGCACGGUGGGAGGCGCUUUGCUAGGCGGUCUCAGUGGCCAUGAGUAUGGCAAGCAGCGAAGAUCUUACAGCAACCCUAGACCAAGGGAGCGUUCGUAUGUUGACGACCGGGACUAUUACGAAGACGGCCGCGACGGCAGGGGACGUAGAAGGUGAUGAGAUGAUGUUAAUAUGGGCACAAUACGCUACGACGCCGGACGAUCGUGCGGUGCGACUUCUGAAAGAUAUUAGCAAGGCGUUAGCUAGUAAUUGAAUGAAGCUUUCUUUCUCUGCGACG